CAUAAAGCACACAGGCAGAGGCUCGGGCUCAUAAAUUUCAGCAGGCAGAUAUUUUUGCGCAUCGCUUUAAAGCGUGUAGCCUAAUUAAUUUCUCGCUGUUAUUUUUUCUAUAAUUUUUCCACUAACGCUAUUAACUUUUUUCUACAUUUCAUAUUUUGUAUUAUUGCAUUUGGCUACCAAUGCCGCUCAUGAUUUAUUUAAUUUGCAGUUAUCUUGGAAAUAAUUGCUAUACAUUUACAGGUAGAAGGUACUCAUUUACUACCUAAGUGUUGUAUUUUGUUUUUAAUUGUUGUUGUAUUUUCAUUCACUUGCUCAUUGCUUAAUUUCACUUUGGAUAUUUUUCGCGCUCACAAUAAUGGGGAUUUGAACAUUUACAAGAGGAAUUGCAAGAGGAAACAUAAUCAAAAGAAGACCGCUAAUAAAUGAGAGAUCAGCAAGGAUCAGCAAUACCCAACACGUCAAAUCUAAAGAGAAAGACGAAUUGACAAGAGGACUCGUGCAGGAUACGAGGGACAGCGGCUGUCAUUUUGACAAAGAAGUUUUGAAGAAUUAUAGCUUAUGCAUUUUCGGACAUAAACAUUCAUAACUACACACACUUCGGACCGUAAAUAAACAAGAUAGUAAGAAAGUGAUUACAUGGACACGCGAUAUUGAUACCAUCACUGGUACUCACCUAUUUAUUUUUUCUUAUACGCGUAAGCGCAAUAUCACCAAUAUUCAGCUCCUUAACGCAACACAUGUACUAGUAGUUUUUGUAUGUGAGUUUUUCAAGCUAAAUUUCCGUUUGUGUGGCUUAGUGCAUUGAUUCUGUUGCGGCUGACUAUGGACGAACAAGCCCGGAUCAUGCAGGCUCUCGGCGGUGUCAGCUUGGCUGGCCACUCCGUACAAGGAGGCAUGGGACUGCAGCCUCCACAUGGACACGAUGGGACAGAUGAUGGGCGAAAACAAGAUAUCGGUGACAUUCUGCAUCAAAUAAUGACCAUUACUGACCAAAGUCUGGACGAGGCGCAAGCAAAGAAACAUGGACUGAACUGCCACAGAAUGAAACCUGCACUCUUCAGCGUCCUCUGCGAGAUCAAAGAGAAAACUGGCCUCAGCAUCCGUGGUUCCCAGGAGGAGGACCCUCCUGACCCCCAGCUCAUGCGCCUGGACAACAUGCUGCUGGCGGAGGGCGUGUCAGGACCAGAGAAAGGGGGCGGGUCAGCCGCUGCUGCCGCUGCAGCUGCAGCCUCGGGCGGGGCCUCAGACAACUCCAUCGAACACUCAGACUACAGAUCCAAACUCACCCAGAUCAGACAGAUCUACCACACAGAGCUGGAGAAAUACGAACAGGCGUGUAACGAGUUCACCACCCAUGUGAUGAACCUGCUGAGGGAGCAGUCCCGCACGCGACCCAUCUCUCCCAAAGAGAUCGAGCGCAUGGUGGGCAUCAUCCACCGCAAGUUCAGCUCCAUCCAGAUGCAGCUCAAACAGAGCACCUGUGAGGCCGUCAUGAUCCUGCGCUCCAGAUUCCUUGAUGCCAGGCGGAAAAGAAGAAACUUCAGCAAGCAGGCGACGGAAAUCUUAAACGAGUAUUUCUACUCGCACCUCAGCAACCCAUAUCCCAGUGAAGAAGCCAAAGAGGAGUUGGCCAAGAAGUGCAGCAUCACAGUAUCCCAGGUAUCCAACUGGUUCGGCAACAAGAGAAUCCGGUACAAGAAGAACAUAGGCAAGUUCCAGGAAGAAGCUAACCUGUACGCUGCUAAGACUGCAGUAACAGCAGCGCAUGCAGUGGCCGCCGCAGUGCAGAACAGCCAGACCAACUCCCCUACCACACCCAACUCCGGUGGAUACCCUGCGCCAUGUUAUCAGUCAGACGGCAGGAUACAGUGAAGCUCUGGGGGGGAACACUAUGUACAGCCCAAAUGGCUUGAAUGCUAAUGGGGGAUGGCACGAUGCAAUGACUCCAUCUUCUGUAAUCUCCCCGACAGAAGGACCUGGAAGUGUGCACUCUGAUACCUCGAAUUGAUCUGUUAUCGAUGCAUCUGAUCCCCAAGCUGUAGAGCGGGAACUUUCACUGACUGACCAACGAGAGAGGAUAAACAAAACUUUUUUUCAGAACUAAUUGUCUGCUACAUCUACCAGAGUCCUCAACCCCCCUCACAAUGAUGUUCUACAAUAUGGACACCUGAUGUUUUCUUGGUAGUUCAGUGAAGUCUUCGCUCAAACUCCAUCAGUCUCAUGAUUAUAUUUCACCAUUUCUCUAUUUUAUGUCUGUCAUUUGAAGGGGUAAGCACAUACAUGUACCAAUCAAACAAGGCCCAGAUGUUUAUUGCGCAACAUUCAUUUCAAUUAACAAUUGAUUUAAGAAGUGAUGUUCCCCAAGCUGAAUUUAUUCCUAAGUGGAUGGCAUUUGGUGUUGUCAUAUGCAUUCUAAAAUGUUUUGGUUUUAAAAUGCAAUAUAUCUCUUUUUCAUAUCAUUUGUGUUUUGUUUUAGAUCAGCUAAUUCCCUUGGUAUCUUACCUACUGUAUAUUGACUAACAAAGUAGCAGUUCCAUCACUGAACGCAAGGAGUGCAGCAAAUAAGAAAUGCUAUUGUUGUAAACUCACUGGCAGCUUGGAGGAGUUGCUUUCAAUAUUAGUUUUGCCUUACAACCACCAGGUUGACAUGCAGUCCUUUCGUUGACAUGCAGUCCUUUCAUUGACAAGACUAAUGGGAUAACACUGUAUUUUGGGACAAAAUCUUCAAGCAUAGAAAAUGACAACUUUAUAUAGGUUAACAUUCUGUGUGAGGUGAAAGUCAUGUGAUAUUCAAAUAUGUUAUUUUGGGCUAUUGGUUGAAAUAGUCAUGGGUCUAACAGUAAAUCCAACCAGUUAUAGCACUUCCUUUAGGCAUGUGACAAGAUACCAGUCACACAAAAUAUGUUGUAUAUAAUAUAGCUUAAGAGUAUUUAUACAUCCCACCAAUCAAUACACAGCUUUAUUACCUCAUUCAAACUCAUAGAAACCAAUAGAUUUUCAACAUUUCUAUAGCUUAGAGUGCUCACUUACUACCUCUAAACAAUAUCACCACCAUAGUUUUUGUCUUUUUAUUUAACAUUUUUAUUUAGUGGUUUUGAUUACAUCUUGUAAUAAACUCUUUGUUUUUGUUCAUGUAAUCUAAUGUAUAUUUUAAUCUUAAGAAAAUAAUGUUGCUUUAUUGCAACUUCAAAAAGACAAAAACAAGAAAAUGUAUGAUGUUAACAAUAAUAUUAAUACUAAGAAUAAUUUUAAAUCAUUUUUAAAAAUAAGAGGGAGAGGUGCAAAAUUGUUAAUUGGUGGAUUUUGAGGGAGGGGCUAGGAGAAUGUUGGUCAUAAAUUAACACCAAACAGUAAAACUGUUGUAAAUACUGAAGAACAUUUUGAAUGUUGCUCAUCUUGUUACUAAUUCACACAAAAAAUCAUUAUAAAAACUGUAAUACAUAGAGGUUUCAGUUUUCAGAACUGUACAUUUCAAGCUCUGUUUGACAGGGUUCAAACUUUCUUUCUCUUUUUUGUAUUGUAUGUGAUUCUGAAACUGAUAAAGUCAUGGAAAAUGAUUUGUGGCAGUGAUUCUAACGUAUUAAAAAUGUUUAGUGUUUCUUUCUAACCCGACUACACCCUGGACUGAAAAGUCUUCCUUGUGGUAGUUCUGUGUAAUUUCAAACAUGA